AUGGUGAUUCAUGCUGGUGUGACGCAAAAGGGAUCUUCCAUUCACAACACAGCAGAAAGCCUAUGGCGAUCUUGCGGGACUUUGGGCAUUCUUUGGCUGUCUCUCGCUGUCCAUCGCCGUCUCUCGCGAGUUCUCGGACUCUCGGGCUCUUGGGCUCUCGGCUGCGAUCUUAUUUUCGUAAUCUUCGAGUCAGUGAUCACAUACGGAGUCCAGCUCCAACAUCUCCGAGCCAAGUCAACCUCUGAGCCAGACACGGACUCCAUCGCCGAGAACUACACUCGAGACGCCAUCCACAUUAUUUCCAUCAUUAUGCCCACGCUGAUUAUUCAAUUGCCACGAGCAUAUGGGACCUACGGUUUCAAUGCCGGUUCCGAACGACGGAUUUUUCGAGAGGUGUUUCUGUGGGCAAGGAUACUCUUGGGAGCUUGCCGGUUUUCCGAGAGGAGACACGAGCGUAAAUAUUUUGAUUCCUACUGGGAUCGAAUCCGGGACCUCUGGUAUGAUAGACCAGUGCGCUGUCUGCCACGCUCGCGCUCCUAAUUCUCUGUCAAAAAUUAUUACUCCUCGAA